UUUAAAAUUUAUCAAAAUGUAUCCAUCCAGAGUUUCCUUCCAAAUUUCUCAAAGGAGAAAACCAGAAAACGCAUCCAACAUGUUCCCGUGUGAUCAACCACCGUGCACAAACCCUUCCUGUUUCUUCUGCAACAUGAAAGACACAAACCCAGUUCGCCGCCGAUCCAAAAUCGCCAGAUUAUUCAGAGAAAUCCCUCGUACGGAAUCGAAAGAACAUGUCCUGGUCUUGAGCGGUCUGUGGAACAUCGCCAUGUCUCAGCCGGAUGAUCCCGAGUUCCCUUCUCUCGGAUUGUUCGAUUGCAUGGCCAAACUCAUACACAAGUCCUCCAGGGACAAAUCAUGGCUUCUGAGAGACCAGAACAUAUUCAUUCCGUUCUAUGCAGCUCAUAUUGUCGGCUCAUACGCCAUGAACAGGUCUGAUCUUGCGGAGAAGGCGGCUGAUUCUGGGGUUGUUCCAGCUUUGAUGGAGCUUUUGAGAGGAAAGAUCAGUUGGGUUGAGCAAAGGGUGGCGGCUCGGGCACUAGGGCACUUGGCCAGUCACGACAAAAGCUUUGCAGCUGUCUCUUUACACGAAGAAGAAAUUGUGAACCUGUCAAUGGAGAUAGCCAGCAACUGUUUUGAGAAUGUCUACAAAAGCUUCGUGGGGGUUGAAGAUAGCAAGAGGUUGAAGUACCACAGUGAUUUGCUGACAAGAGGGCUUGGAGGGAUUGAAAGGGAAAACAGAAAAGCCGAAGAAUGGGGAAGUCAGCUUCAGGGUUGGUCGUUGUAUCUCUUGAAUUGCUUCGCAUCCAGACAGAGAUCUCUCGACCGUAUAUGCGAGGAGAGUUUCUUGAAAAGGGUACGUAAAAUGUGGGGUGGGGUGGCGAAUUCGGAAUCUCCAGGAGGAAUUCGACUGAUAAAGACACUCUGCAAGACAGAAUCUGGAAGAAAACGAGUGGCUAAUGUUAGAGAAGUGAUAGAGAGCCUCUGCGAUCUUUCCAGAUCAUCUGAUGAUUGGCAAGAAAUGGCUUUAGAUACCCUUUUGAUCCUUCUCAAAGACCCAAACGUCAGAUUUCGAGUUCUCGAGAUUUCAGGAUCUUGUCUGGUUGAUUUGGCUGAGGAUAAGGCUCUCGGAGACAGAAUCUGCCAGAUAGUUCUGCAAGAUUAUCACAAGAUCAAGUACGGAGGGUUGAAGCUGAAGAGCAAGGAAUCUCAAAGAGCGAUGGAGGAGAUAUGGGAGAUUAAAGUGGAGAGAAGGAAGAAAGAGAAGCUUAUGGCUGAAACAGAGCUUGUCGAAAGAACAAAAAUGGUGAAAUUCUUAAAGAAGCAAGGGAAGAAGAAGUUUUCGAAGGGUGAUGUUCAAGAAGCGAUGGAGAUUUACACCAAAGCCAUAGAUUUAUGUCCGUUGGAUAUGACGCGAGAUAGAACUGUGUUGCAUAGUAACAGAGCGCAGUGUUGCUUGCUGGUCAAGAAAGCUGAAUCCGCCAUUAGCGAUGCGACCAGAGCUCUGUGUUUAUCAGGUGCGACGCAUCCUCACGGUAAGAGCUUGUGGAGAAGAUCUCAGGCGUACGAUAUGAAAGGCUCGGCGAGAGAAAGCUUGAUGGAUUGCUUGUCAUUCGUAGAUCAACGGCUGAAGCAUUCAAAGCCGCCGAAGAUUCCGUACUACGCGGCACAGAUGAUCACCAAGCAGAUGAAUGCCACGUGGUUAUUCUCCGCCGUUGAAUCGAGGAGUGCUGAAUCGGACGGUCGAGAAAAGGCGCUGGCAGCCAAGGGAACGGAGGGGUAGUUCCACGUCGGAUUAUAAUAAACGGCGUCGUUUUCACAGUUCCCCCAUGAUUUGUAUUUUCGUUUCAAUGAAAAUGAUUUGUAAAAUCGGUCCAUAAUAUAUAAUUUGGUGGUGAUUC